UUUGAAGCAAUUAGCUUAUUUUUUUGUUGCUUGAUCACGCAACAAAGGGAAAAAAAAAAAAUUUACUUCUUCGUAAAUAGCUAAUCAAAAGAAAAAGAGAGAGAAUUUUUUUUUAUUGUGCUCUUUUCGUUAAAUUAUGUAUUGUCAUAAUGAAGUCGAUGAUUAUAUUUUUUUUAAUUCAUAAAUUUCUCGAUACUGCAGCCGCAGCAGAUAGUUCUAAUGGUAAUGAUUCUUCAGGAUUAAAAACUUCAACAAAAAUUAUAAUUGCUGUAGUUGCUGUAAUUGGAGUUUUUGUUAUUGGGACUCUUAUAUAUUGUUUUCGUAAAGCUAAACCUAAGAAAAGGAAAAUUAGGGAUAUAGGUAGUGCAGGAAAAAGAGAUGUAAAAAAACAAAAACCUCGUAGUAGUGUUAGUAAUACUUCAAAAGAAAAUAUUCGCGAACCAUUAAUGACUACUUCCACUCCCGAUGUUCGAUUAACUGUAACUACGAAUCCAAGUUUAAUACAACCUUCAGGAACCACAACCCCAUCCAGAGUACCACCUCAAACACCUCUAACUCCACCUCAACCUCAACAUUCGGCAAUUCCAAGUGCCACUCAAACUACUUUAGCAAAAGUAACUGAAUCUCUUGAAGACUCUAUCUCAUAUCCAACACGUAAAUCAACAACCGAAAUUAUUGUAACUACUGAAGUCACAGAAUCGCACCGUCCUAGACCUCAUACUAUAGAACAAAGAGAUUCUCCUCCACAAUCACGUUCUUCAUCAGAUUUAUCUCGAUUUUCAAUGCCUCCUACAAUUCAACCUCAUGGACCACAAUCUGAAGUUUAUCCUGAAGGUUCUGCAUCUAUUGAAGGCCAACUUGAACAAGCGACGAGAAGUAGAGAUACUUCUCCAUAUCGUCAAUAUCAUGAAUAUGAACAAACUUUUGAUACUCCAAUUGAUCCAAGAUUACAAACUCAAACUAGAGGUUUAGAUACUUCACUAUUUUCGGAAACUACAAAUAUUCAGUCUGAAACUUCAAUGCCACCUUAUCCUGCCCCUCAAUCUCCUUAUGAUGACCCAACGGGCACUCCUCCUAGAGGAAGACCGGACAGUGUUUAUUCUUUCGAUGAUAAUCCUGGACCUACUGUUCCAAGUCCACGUCCAUUACAAAGAAGUUCACCUGGUUCAUCUCAAAGGUCAAGACGUGGACGUGAUCGUCGUGGUGGAAAUCGCUAAUUUAACUAACAUUCAAUAAAAUAUAUAUAUAUAUAUAUAUAAUAUAUAUUUAAUUAAAUGGUUCUCACAAAAAGUAAUUUAUUUUUUGCACGUUGUAGUACUAAAAAAAAAAUGUGUAUUGAUAAGUAAACUUUGUAUUUCUUUUUCAUGUUAAAUUACUGUCAAGUAAAAAUAUUUGUAA